UGAUAGGUGUUUCUCUUGCUGACCUUUAUAAUAUUAAUUAAGUUAAUUUUUCAAAAUUAAUUAUGGCUUCGAAUAACAAUUCACAAAAACCUACAACACAUAAUGGCGUUGGGCCAAAUGACAGUGCGGAGAAGACAAUAAAUUUAAAUGACUUUUUGGAUUUUUUGAAUUUGUCAUGUCAUGUCAAUGACAUGAUUUCUCAGACUCAGACAAGUCAGCAGACUACUAAUCACCACACAAAGGAGUUGCAUGCCCAUCACCAUGGAUCGUUGCACAAAAAUACAACGAAUGGGGCAGGCAACUCAAUGCCCUUGGGAACAAAGUCUAGUGGACCAGCCAAGUCCUUGGACUUUCAGCAUUUAGCGCACAAUUGUUUGGUAAAUGAUUUGUUCGGUUACAAACGUGCAUCUCCUCAGGCAGUGCAGGAAGAUUUGACAGAUAGUGGCCCCAGCACUGGUAGCAGCACUGGUCUAGGAGAUACGACGGCACGUGGUCGGCGGCUCAGUUCCAUGGCUCUUUCUAAAACGAAACAAGCUCAAACAAAUACCAAUGGUGAUGGUACUCUGCAUCCCAAGUUAAAUGAAAAGUUGGAUAACAUUUUGAAUGAGGGCAUCUUGGAUGCGGUGUUGCCUUUUAUAUGUCCCGUACCUUUGCCGGCUAACUAUAACAAUCGUUUGAAGCCCAAAGGCACCAAAGAGGUUGCGGUCAGGGUGUCUCCCUCCGCACCAGCAGUUGUAGCAAUGCAAACAUGCACCGAAUCGGAAGGCGAUGCAAGUUCCACGACAACUUCCAAGGAGACAAGUACGAGUACAAGAGCUCCCACAAAGAUAUCUUCGAUUCCCAUAAAAACUUCAAUCAAUUCACAAGGAGCUACAUCCAAAAAGGAGCCCGAGGUCGUUAUCCAUGUCUGCGAUGAGGUAAAGAAUACAUCCAAGGAUUUUAUAUGUCCUCAGAGUUUGUUAGUCAGCAAGAUGGGCUAUUUCGCCGAUGUUACUGCCGGGCAAAAGUUGGAGGACAUGGACAUAUCGGUGCAUUGUGACAUACAGAUAUUCGAUUGGCUUAUGAAGUGGGUGAAGUCCGAAGGAAACAAUAGUCUGGAUCAAGGUGAUGGCUCGCCAAACUUGAAUGUAAACAAUGUGGUGCCAAUAUUGGUAUCGGCAAGCUUUUUACAGAUGGAACCUUUGCUGUUGGACUGCCUUAGUUUCUGUCAUUCACGCUUGGGAGAAGUGGUCAAGGCGUCCACCAACCUCUCUUGUCUCAAUGAUUCUAUCAUUACCCGCAUGGCUGAUAUGUUUACCAAUGUCGAACUGGAGAUGGUUAGGGACAAAAAGGAUCGUUUGGUACCACGUUUGUGGACCAAACUUAUACAGAGUCUUUGUGAACCAGAACCGGAGGCUUUACGUGGUCACUACUACAGUUUGGCGGGAUUGUUUCGUUGCUCUAGAUGUCAGCGUUGCUUAACCAACACCAUGAAAUCCUAUGUUCAAUGUAUUCAAGGCAAUGUGCGUCUCAAUCGCUGGGGCCAACUAGUGAGUCAUCAUGUUCGAGAUCCCACAUGGGACUUGAAUUGCUACAUAGCUCAAUUAUUUAAAGAGCUGAAAUCAUGGCGUCGUGUUUAUUGGAAACUUUGGGGACAUGCCCACUAUCUCUACUGUUGUUUGUGUGAAAUGUAUUUUCCAGUGUACCAGCUUUCCUGGUGUCGUUACCAUCCUGAAACUCCAAGUUUUCUGGGGCCAGUGGCCGAUGGUCGCACUACCGGUGCAGCGGGUCGCUAUGCUUGUUGUGGGCAACAGGCAUUUCGUUUCGAGACUUUGCCAGGACCAAAUGGUUGCCAGAUUCGUGAACAUAGUGUCUUAGUGGAAACUGAUCGUGAACGUUCUAUUUUAUCUAUCGUCCAGUUGGCUACUGAGGGUCACGCUUUGGGCGAUAGUCCUCCUCUAAAAAUGCAAGAAUCUUUGACUAGUGCAGAGCAUGAACCACGAUGGAUGCUAUUGUCGCUAAUGCCACAACGUUGCCGCCAGGGCUUAUUACCAGUUUUAAAUCCUGAUGAUGCUAAUAGUCGUGUUGCACGGCGUGUUCGUCCCGCAUCAUCGAAAUUUUUUGCCGAUUCGAGUACUGAAACCGAGAGUACUGACAAUACUCUGGAAAAUCUGAGAUCAACCUCUCGUAAAUAUGGACUAGGUGACUAUGGCAGCAGUUUCUCCACAAGCAGCAGCGAUGGUUGCGAGUCCUCGGGCAGCAAGGCUAUGGCUCCCAAAAAGAAUUACAGCAAAAAACACCAUCGUAAAAGUAAACCACCCUUGAAUCCUGGUCGUUAUUGGUCUGGCGAAUUAUCGGCACGCAGCAAUCAAGAUAAUCAACGUGAAUUUGAGGAAAAAGUUAUGAAGCAAGUCGUUGCCUUGGUGCGUAAGAAAAAUGGGGCUGAUAUUAACGUUACCAAACCAAGUCGACCUUUGGGUGGAUGUUAUGUUAAGCUCGAACAGGAAUGGAAGGAACAGUUGAAGCAACGCUAUUACAAUUUAGGUCCGUCUGUUUCAAAUUCCCAAAUGAGUGGAAAUUGUGCUGGAAGCACGUCAUCGUUGUCGAUCAAAGCGUCUCGCAAAAAGGGUGAUAAUGCUAGUGGGCAAUAAGAAAAAUAACUUGGUUAGAGUAAUUAAAAAAUAAAAUAAGCAAGUGAAAUUAAAAUAUAUUAAAAUGUUGAAAUAA